AGUGUUCAAAGGUUCAAACACACAGUCCGGAAAGGGGACAUCGGCUUUAAUCAAACCCCUCUGACUAGAAGGCCAGCCGGGUUGACUUCAUCAUCUAUCAGCUUAUUGCUGUGCCCUUAGGCCAGCGUUUCAAAUGAACAUGUCUCUUGCUCAAAGAGUCCUCCUGACAUGGAUCUUCACACUUAUAUUCCUUAUUAUGCUGGUCCUGAAGUUGGACGGGAAGAUCAUCUGGAACUGGUUCCUCAUCUUCCUUCCUGUCUGGACCUUUGAUCUUAUUCUCCUCCUCAUGCUCAUUGUCAAAAUGGCUGGCCGCUGCAAGCCGGGGUUCGACCCUCGCAAUGGGGCGGAGAACUUGAAGAAGCCCGUGUGGUACCUUGUGGCCAUGCUGCUUAAACUGGCAUUUUGUUUGACGCUCUGUGCCAAAUUAGAGGGCCUAAUGGACAUCUUGGUGAGCUCGGUUUGCAUCCCUCUGUGGGCACUGCUCAUCGGAGCUAUGGUGGAGCUGGGCUACAACGUUUUCCACUUCAGAAGAGACUGAACAUAUGAACGGUGUUCUUUGAAAGCCAGCAGAAGUCUUUACUGUAUUCUUCAGGAAUAAAAUCAUCUCGAAAGUAGAUGUUAUUCAUAAAGAAGGGAAUAUACAACGGACAAUAAGAAUGUACAGCUGUUUCAAGCUCUUUAUCAGGAAUUGCUUGUUUCUUUCAGGCUCAAGAGUGACUACGCUGAAUAGCCUACGUUUCAUGUUCACAGUGAUGCAGGGAGGGUUAUGAAUUUUGGCUC